AUGUUUACAUUCACACCGCUGCUGGGCGCGCAGUCGGCGUCGUCGGCGUCGCAAUCAUUGCUGGAAUUUGACGGUGGCAUCAAGGUACUCGUUGACGUGGGCUGGGAUGAGGGCUUCGACGUGGAGAAGCUGAAGGAGAUUGAGAAACACAUACCGACACUCUCGUUCAUUCUCCUCACCCAUGCGACCAUCGCGCACAUCGGUGCCUUCGUCCACUGCUGCAAACACUUCCCUCAAUUCAAAAGCAUACCUGUCUACGCAACCACCCCCGUCAUCUCACUCGGACGUACACUGCUGCAAGAUCUGUAUGAAUCAACACCGCUGGCAUGCUCGACCGUGCCGGCCGAUGCUCUCGCCGAAGCUUCCUACUCCUUGGGAAACACCAACCCUAACAUCCUAAUGCAAGCACCGACAUCCGAAGAGAUUGCAAACUAUUUCGGCCUCAUCAAUCCUCUUAAAUAUUCGCAACCAACCCAACCUCAACAGCUACCGAACGCGCCACCUCUUGGCACACUUACGAUCACUGCGUACAGCGCUGGACAUACACUUGGAGGGACAAUAUGGCACAUCCAGCACGGCAUGGAGUCGAUCGUGUAUGCCGUCGACUGGAACCAGGCGAGAGAGCGUGCCUUGCCAGGCGCUGCUUGGUUCGGUGAGGUCGGAGGCGAAGUCAUCAAAGAGUUGCGCCGUCCCACUGCUAUGAUCUGUAGCAGCAGAGGCACCGGUCUGAAGAAAGCCGUGGGGCUUAACCAACGAGACGAAGCACUUGUAUCUUUGAUUAGAGACACUGUAGCAAACGGUGGCUCCGUUUUGAUCCCUUCCGACUCGAGCGCUCGAAUUCUUGAAUUAGCGCAUCUGCUCGAAGAGACCUGGAAAGAGGUGGGCAGUCAACUGAACAACGCAAAAGUUUAUCUUGCAAGCAGGACCGCUGGAGCGACCAUGCGUUACGCGCGGAGUAUGCUAGAGUGGAUGGAGAAAGGGAUCGAGAACGAUUCGUUCGACUUUAAGCAUAUCACGCUACUCGAACGGAGAUCACGGGUUACGAGAAUGUUAGCACAAACGGAACCUCGUGUUAUCCUCGCAAGCGAUACGUCGCUGGAAUGGGGCUUCUCCAAGGACGCAAUCAAGAGCUUAGCAUCAGAUCCCCGCAACUUAAUUGUUCUAACAGAGCGCAUCGGAGAUCCUGGAGGCUCGGACAAGGGCCUGGGUAGAUACCUUUGGGAGUUGUGGAAUGAGAAAAACCCCGCGGCUGAGCAAGACUCAGGUUCUACUGCAUCGAUUCCCAGCGACGGCACGCAAGCUCCACUCAGAUCGGCCCGAGCAGUAGCACUGAACGGUCAGGAGCUUCCUUUGUACCAACAGUAUCUUGCCAGGCAACGACAGCUACAAACCACCAUGCAAGGUGACUCUGGCACUGCGCUGGAGACCUCAGGAGCCGUGGGGGACGAUUGGUCGGCGUCCACUUCCACGACUUCUGAAGACUCCGAUGAUGAACAUCAAGGAAGGCUUUUGAAUACUGCAACGAUCCUGCGCCAUACACGAAAGAAGCUAGGACUAAGUGACGAAGAGCUUGGUGUCAAAAUCCUUGUCCAGCGCAAGAAUAUGCACGAUUGGGACGUCCGGGCCAAGAGGGGAGAAGAAAAAAUGUUCCCCAUAGUUACCAAGCAGCGGCGUAUGGAUGAAUUCGGCGAAGUAAUCCGACCAGAAGAGUUUGCCCGCGCAGACGAGGAUGAUCAAGUCGCUACAGAGGCGCUACGAGACGGGCCCAAAAAAGACAAUGAGAUAGGGCAGAAAAGGAAGUGGGAAGACUUGACGAUCCAAACUCGCGACGGAGGUCGCCAGAAGAAGAACCGGAAACCAGAGUCAGACGCGCAGGGAUUGAACGAUGGUCGCGAUGCUUCUGAUGACGAACCUGAAGACGACCAGGAUCGCAUUGAAGGCCCGUCAAAAGUCAUAUUCGAGAUGGAAACGCUGCAGUUGCACUGCCGCAUCGCCUUUGUGGACUUUUCAGCACUGCACGAUCUGCGUAUAAUCAACAAUCUGUUACCUCUCAUUCAGCCCCGGAAGCUUAUUUUUGUUGCGGGCGACGAAGUCGAGACAGAGAAAUUGGCGGAAGAAGCCCGGACUGUACUCGCUGCCCGCGCUGGCGAAUCCUCAAAUAUAGUGGACGUUUUCACGCCCGGUCUAGGCGACACGAUAGACGCCAGCGUCGACACGAACGCCUGGACUGUCAAGCUCAGCCGCAAUAUGGUGCGGAAACUGCAAUGGCAAAAGGUGAGAGGCCUUGGUGUCGUCGCCAUCACUGGCCGACUGGCAGCUGCCUCCCUCGAGCCAUCGCCUGAAGAGGUGGAAGACACGCCCGCAAAGAAGAAAGCCAAGCUCGAGGCCGCAUCGUCGACCGCGGAGAAUGACAAGAUGGACGCAACCCCCAUACUCGAUGUCGUACCCGCUAACUUCUCCACUGCUGUCCGCACUGUUGCGCAGCCCUUCCAUGUCGGCGAUCUACGUCUACCAGACCUGCGUAAGUUCCUACAGGCUUCUGGAAUGACAGCGGAAUUUGGAGGCGCAGGUGUAUUGGUCAUCAACGGAAAUGUGUCUGUGACCAUUAACAAGCUUACGAACAGAGUUGAGGUUGAUGGUGGUGCCUACAACCUGGCGAAUAGGAAGAGCGAUGGAGUGACAUUCUACAAGGUGAAGAGAAAGAUCUACGAAGGAUUGGCGGUCGUCGCGGGCAAUUAG